AUGAGCGAAACCGAAGUCAACCCCGUUUCUAUCUAUAACAAAAUCAUUAGUUUAAAAGUCAAACCACAAAACAGCGCAAAGUCUAAUGGUUCGGUUGAACCGCAAUCUGUGAAUGUCUUACGAGUCGAAACCGCGUCUGUGUCCAAAGAACUUGGACGGUUUCGUGCUUGUGAUAGUGUUUCCUGUUUCUACUGUCGUGAAUGGGCACUGUAUAUUUAUAAAAGGUGUUUCUCUUGGAUGGCAAAGGGUCAAAGCGGGGAUACUGUAAAACAGAUAGAAAAUGGUACUGGUCCCAAAGAGAAUGCGGCGACUAUGUGUCAGUCACUCCAUCAGCUUUGUCAAAAGUACGCCGACGAUACGGGAACUUUUGUCGAUCCGGGCGAUCUUGCUGAUGAACUCAUUAAGCGUGUAUUUGAAUGGAUCAAAACACCGAGCGCGGGGCCUCGCCAUGACGUGUUCGCGUUUGUCGAUUUUGAGAUUGCGUUGCAAAACAUGCCUUGUCUUGACAAGGAAUCGAGUCCAAUAAAACUACUACAGGCAAUCAUACUCGAUAAAUCUCACUGUCAGAUCUCCAAAGAUUCGUUUCAUCUUUUGAAGAACAUAACAAAGGCUCAACUGACUGAUCAGGUGCAACCAGUUUGUCAUCACACUCGUCCUGCUUGGAAAAUUCCGAACGAUCUAGAUGUGGUCCGACAAGUUUUCAAUGAUCAGAUGCGAGUUGAAAAGUCAAAGCAUGAUCAGGCGGUCAAAGAAAUUUUAUCAGAAGUCUGGGGACAUACUACCGUGUUUCUGGCCGAAGUGCAGAGAUUGGCGAGCGUGAGGGAAGCGACAUUUGGAAAGGGGUGCAUGGAAAGAUUGGAUUCCUUUAUGAAAGAGUAUCAUGAAGAAGUAAUUCCUUUUCAGGAUUAUUGGACGCCUAUAGCCGAGACCUACAAGAAGACUGCGAGAACCAAGAAAGGCAAUAAAUUAAACACAUCCGAUUCGACUAUGAAUGCUGUAGAUGACGUUGACGCCGCCUUUUCCGUAUACUUGAAUAAUGCUAGGACGAUUCUGAUGUUCUGGGAAGAGGGCUUUGUGAACAAAUCUUAUGCUGACGCAGCAAAUUUUGUCAAUGAGUUUGUCCAACAAAUGACGAAAUAUAUGGAAAAGACGCCUGCUCGAGUUGAAGAAGAAAAUAUGGCGACUAUUGGUGAAUUGGUCAAGAAGUCUCAAUUGGUAAAGACGGCCCUUGAGAAUAUUGGGCCUCGAGUGAACGCAAGAAUAGCGGAUAUGCAAGCGGAGGUUACAAAACGGAAUAGAGAGAUACUGGAAGAGAUUGACGCUCUAGAGGAAGCAUGGGAGAGUGAAUCUCAAAAGACAUUACAAGGUAGAUUAGAAAAGGCUAAUAACAAAGAAUUCCGUAAACGGACCAAGAAGCUAGAGAAUCUGUUACAAUCAGCCAGGCAAUGGACAAUCAGUUCAGUGGGUACACUGUUUUCUGCGGUAGACUUUGCUCAUCUCUUCAUUGGGUGUUUGGAAGUGUUGCUAAUGGAAGGAGAAGUAUGGGAAUCAGUACAGAUUCGGAAACAUUGCAAAAAAUAUGAAGGAAUUGGCAAAAAAUUGGACGUCCGAAGGCAACAAAUUAUGAAAGAUUUUAAAGAAGGUAUUACGACUGGUCGUCGGGUGUUGGCCGGGGUGAUUGGACGUUUGUUUUUGAGAGAAGCUUCGAGAUUGGUGGAAGAGACAAUGGCUCUGAAAAAACAAGACGAGUUUUUACAGUCUAUAGACCAAACAAAGGCCGAGACUGGAAAAAAGAAGAAGGGAGGCAGCAAUGGGAGUAAUGCUACAGUUUCUGCAGUAAACGAUUUGCCGAGCGGUGAGUCAAAGACAAACAACUCUGGAACGGUAAAUAGUGUAGCUCCAACCGCUUCUGUUGAAUCUGCUCCUGUUGUUGAAAAAGGAAGUCAGGCUGCUGAUGAUCAAGUUACGAAAAAUAAGCGAAACGAAUCUCAAAAAACGGCGCAAAAGUCAUACGAGGACACAGCCACGAGUGAUCCUGUCAUUACGUCUACAUCAGAGACGUCAAACAAGCGUAACUCGGAGGAGAUUUCAUCGUCAUCCUCGCGUAAAUCAAAACCCUCUGUAGAACUUCCCCCGCUCAAUGGUUCUCAGUCAAAAGUGGAAGACAUGGAUGAAUCUCCUCGUACUCCGUCAAAACCGCCGGGUCUUGAUAAUGAGUGGUCAAACGAGAAACUAGACAAAGCGUCGGCCGAAUAUCUUGAAUAUGUUAGUACAUUCGAUGGGGUUGGUCGAUCUGAUCUAAUCGUGCUCGUACACAAUCUACAGAAGGAGAAUACCAAUUUAGUGUCUACUUUGAUCCAAAUGCAGCAAGAGGUGAAGGGAAUGACGGCACGAUAUUCUGAACUUGUAGAAAUGGCCCGAGAACGCGAAGUACAGACCGUGCAAUUGUUACAGGCGCGUAAGCAGCAAGAAAUGGAGGAGGCUGCUCGAUAUAUUCAGAUGCUCGAGAUGAAGAUUGCUCAUUUAGAAAAGAAUCGUCACGGAAGUAGUCAGCCAGAAAGUCCGUUAACGGAAUCGGCACCGCAUAGCCCAAUUCCAACAAUUGGCGGUUUGCCCAAUUCUCAAGCCGGAAGUACGAGUUCGUUCACGAUGAAUUAUCAAUUUGCCAAUACGUCUCAGUCUUUUCUUAACCCAUGGCGCGGUGCAUCCACCACACCAAGAACGACCAGCCUUCGGUGCGGCAAUUGUGGUGAACAGGGACAUGUUAGUGCAGACUGUUCUUCAGGAUGCCGUUACUGUGGUGGUCUGAAUCAUUUGAGUGAGAAUUGUGGUCAGUCUGGGAUUGAUGUAAGCAUUGGAUUAGGCGUUGCGAUGGGUAUGCUGCCUGCUGACGACGAGAGUUCCGGUGAUGCUAGUGGAAACAAGGAACGGAUUGAAGAGAUAGACGAAUAA